CGGUGCUUUCUGGAGCUGGGAGUCCCUGAGGAGAGGGAAGGCGGUCGGGUCGUGAGCGGGACAGGGCUGUUCGGGCCGAGGCAGGCGGCAUGGACAAGCUCAAGCGGGUGUUGAGUGGCCAAGACACGGAGGAGCCAAGCGGCCUGUCCGAGGUUAUUGAAGGAACUUCGUUAAGUUGGGGCACCAGAGUGAAAGGCUUCAUUGCUUGUUUUGCAAUGGGAUGCUUGUUCUCCAUCUUGGGUAGCUGUCUGCUGUGGGUACCAGUGAAAGGACUGACACUCUUUGCAGUGUUCUAUACACUGGGCAACAUUGCAUCAAUUGGAAGCACUCUCUUUCUGAUGGGACCAAUGAAACAGUUGAAGAGGAUGUUUGAGCCUACACGUUUAAUUGCUACUACUGUUAUGCUAUUGUGUCUCAUACUAACACUGUGUUCGGCUUUCUGGUGGCAUAAGAAAGGACUCACCCUCCUUUUCUGCAUCUUGCAGUUUUUUGCCUUGGCAUGGUACAGCAUUUCCUUCAUACCAUUUGCAAGGGAUGCUGUGAAGAAAUGUGUUGCUGUUUGUCUAACCUAACAGGAGUACUGGAUGCUUCACAAAGUUCUUGGAAGUGUAGUAGAACUGUGUUAUGAUCACUGUGUAUUUAUUUUCCUAAUUCUGUCUUAAACAUGUGCCUUUCAGCUUGUUAUUAGAAGCCCCUUGUGUUAAAUCCAGUGUAUGCAGUUGCUUAAUUGUGUAAGCAAUGGUGUCUGUAGGAAAGGGUGCUUGUGAUGAAAUGAAGUUCAGUCUGGCAGAACUAAGUAGACAGAGAUCCAGAAUUCAUUAGGAUAAUUCUUAUGUAAAAUCAUGUAUUUGGGUGGUUUUGCCAAAGUGACAAAGUAAUACAAGAAGUCUGUAAAAUGGAGACCUCAGCUGAUGGGACCAUGCCAGUCUAGAGGAUUUCUUUUUUGAGGAAAGGAAGUCAGUUGCCAGCUGAUUUCUUCCUGACAGCUUGUUGGGUUUUUUAAAAUAGCCUUAUAUCACUUAAUCUUUGCACUGUUUGCCUUAGGUAAUGGAAUACUUGCAUUCUUCCUUUUCCUUCUAAAAAAAUUAAUUCUAAAUGGGAAAAAAACAACCCAACUGGUUUAGAACAAGUAUGAAAUGUUUACAUCUUUAAUGAAGUACAUCAUUUUCAGUUUAGACUGAUGGGGUUUCCUUUAAAAUAAGUAAAAGGGACAUUUUCAUCUGUGAAAGCCUGCAAAAUAAGGUCCACAAGAUCUUUCAGCUGCCAGGAACCUGAAUUCUUUGCCUUGCCCACAGCUAAUGGCAAUGCAUAGAAGGAAGGAAACUGGAAAUCUCCAUGUGAAGCAAGGUGCCUCUUUUCUCCCCCAGCUGUGGCAUAGGAGCAGUGCAAAGCUGAGGGCAUGAGAAGUAAGCAAAGAGAGAACUGAUUUAUGUCCUUACUCAGAGGACAAACUGUUGAUAAGCUGAAAGCAGGCUAUUGUUUAAGCAGUCUGGGCCAGGGAGAAGACAUUUUCUUCUGAACUUGUAAAUAAAUUAAAAUUCCAA